AUGGACAACCACGGCGAGGCUAUCAAGGCCGGCUCGGCCAGGCACCCGAUCGUGUCCCUCGAGAAGGGCCAGUUCUACAAGUAUGGCACUGCCGGUUUCCGCAUGAAGGCCGACCUGCUGGAGGGCAUCACAUUCCGCGUCGGCCUGCUCGCCUCCCUGCGCAGCCGCAAGCUGAACGGCCAGGCGAUCGGUGUUAUGAUCACCGCUAGCCACAACCCGGCCUCGGACAAUGGGGUCAAAAUCGUGGAUCCUCUGGGAGACAUGCUGGAGCAGGACUGGGAGCGCUACGCCACCGCCCUGGUCAACGCCCAGAGUGACGAUCAUCUCGUUGAGGUUUACAACAAGCUGGCUACCGAGCUGAAGAUCGACCUCACGGCUCCCUCGAAGGUCAUCUAUGGCCGUGACACGAGGCCCUCAGGACACAAGCUGGUCACGGCGCUCGUCAGUGGUCUGGAGGCCACCAAGAGCGAGCACGUCGACUUCAAGCUGCUCACAACCCCCCAGCUCCACUAUCUCGUACGGGCGACCAACAGCGACGGGACUCCGUUGGCAUACGGCAAGGUCAGCGAGGCCGGGUACUACGAGAAACUCGCCGAGGCUUUCGUUCGUGCCGUCAAGGGCAGGAGAAUCAACGGUACCCUAGUGGUGGACUGCGCCAACGGUAUUGGUGGGCCGAAGCUGUCCGAGUUCCUCAAGUACAUUCCCAAGGACAAGGUGAACUUUGACGUCAAGGUUGUCAAUGACGACGUUCUGCGGCCCGAGGUCCUCAACCUCGAUUGCGGUGCCGACUAUGUCAAGACGAAGCAAAGGGCUCCUCCCUCACCGAAACCGCAACCUGGCGUAAGGUGCUGCUCACUGGACGGUGACGCAGACCGGCUGAUCUAUUACUGGGUCGACCCGGAGAGCGGCUUCGUCAUGCUCGACGGCGACCGCAUCUCGUCGCUCGCCGCCUCCUUCAUCGGCGACUUGGUCGAGGGCGCCGGCUUGAAGAACGAUCUCCGCAUCGGCGUCGUCCAGACAGCCUACGCCAACGGUGCCAGCACGAACUACAUCACCCAGCACCUCAAGCUGCCCGUCAUCUGCACGCCGACCGGCGUCAAGCACCUCCACCAUGUCGCUCAGGGAUUCGACAUUGGAGUGUACUUCGAGGCCAACGGCCACGGCACGGUGCUCUUCUCGCCCGACGCGCUCAACGCCUUCCAGAACACGGAGCCCCAGUCGCCCGCGCAGAAGGACGCGCUCGACACGCUGGCCGCCCUCGGCGACCUGAUCAACCAGACGGUCGGCGACGCCAUCUCGGACAUGCUCCUGGUGGAGGUGAUCCUGGCGCACCGGAGCUGGACGCUGCGCGACUGGGCCAUGACCUACCAGGACCUGCCCAACCGGCUGGUGCGCGUCGAGGUGGGCAACAAGGACCUGUUCGAGACGACCGACGCCGAGCGGCGCCUGCUGCGGCCCGAGGGCGCCCAGGACGAGAUCGACCAGGAGGUCAAGAAGUACAAGGACGCACGCGCCUUUGCCCGCGCCAGCGGCACCGAGAACGCCUGCCGCGUCUACGCCGAGGCCGCCACCCGGUCCGAGGCCAACGAGCUCGCCGAGCGCGUCGCUCACAUCAUCGAGCGCUACGGGACCCAGUAG